CGCCCACUGUCGCCAAAAUGUCUACAAGUGCACCUGCAGGUUCAAGUGCUGCCUCUGGCAGCAACCGAAGACUUCAGCAGACACAAAAUCAAGUAGAUGAGGUGGUGGACAUCAUGAAAGUCAAUGUGGACAAUGUGUUGGAAAGAGAUCAGAAGCUCUCAGAGUUAGACGAUCGUGCAGACGCGCUGAAGGCAGGAGCGUCCCAGUUUGAAACAAUUGCUGCCAAGUUGAAGAGAAAAUAUUGGUGGAAGAAUUGCAAGAUGUGGGUGAUACGGAUUGUCGUUGUGGUCAUCAUCAUCAUCAUUGUGUGGAAUGUUUCCCCGUGAAGAACCAGUGCAGCCCCAGCCUGCCAUUCAAGAAAGCUCUUCAAGACAUUUGACUUAGAACCUGCUAUAUUCUCGAGCUUGCCUACUGUUCUGUCUAAACU